AUGGACCGUUUCCGGAUGAUCUUCCAGUACUUCCAGUCCAACUCGGAGUCUGUCAUGAACGGGAUCUGUGGGCUCUUGGCCCUGGCAAGUGUAAAGAUGUACACCAGCUUUGACUUCAGCUGUCCCUGCCUGCCCCAGUACAACAUGGCAUAUGGCUUGGGGAUCAUGUUUGUACCCCCCAUCAUCCUCUUCCUGUGUGGCCUCAUCCUCAACAGACAGUCCCUGGUGAUGCUGGAGGAGUGGAGGCGACCACCAGGACACAGGAAGAAGGACCUAGCUGUCAUCAGGUACAUGUGUUCCUCCAUCAUGCAGCGAGCCAUGGUUGCCCCCGUCGUCUGGAUCAUAGUCACCCUCCUGGAUGGCAAAUGCCUGAUCUGUGCUUUCAGCGGCUCCAUGGAUCCCCAGAAGUUUGUGGGCUUUGCCAAUGUGAGCACAGUGCAGGCACAGCAGCUGCUGGCCAAGGUGCCCUGCAAGGAUGAGGAGCUCAUGAGGAACACCACGUCCCGCAAGGCAGUGACCAGGUACCUGCGCUGCUGGUCCCAGGCACUUGGCUGGAGCAUUUUGUUGAUCCUGAUCAUAGCAGCUUUCCUUGCCCGCUGGCUCAGACCUUGCUUCAACCAGGCCACCCUCCUGCAGGCACGUCACUGGAGCAACUACAUUGACAUCGAGCAAAAGAUUUUUGAGGAAACCUGCUGUGAGCACAGCCGGCUCUUUGCUCACAAAUGCAUCCUCCACUUCUUCGAAAGCAUGCGGCAAGAGCUCAAACUGCACAGCUUCAGCUUGCCUAGGGAGGGAGAGGGGGACGAAGAAGGGGAAGAUCUUCUCCAGGGUAUCACAGAUCAGGACCAGGUGAACAAACUCCUGAAAACGUGGUACUAUGAGAAACCUCCCCUGGAUGUCAGCCAGGCACACCAGAGGCAUCCCCUGGUGCGAGAGAGAUCCCCUCUGCCCUGGGCAGACAACACCAGCACCCACUCCAAAUUCCCCCAGCACACCAAUGUGUAAAGGGGGCUUUGUCCUGCAGACACAGAAGGAGCUUUGCCAAACCUCGGCACAAAGCAAGGACCAGUUGGUAGAUGACAGUGGUGCUCAUACCUUCCUCCAAAUCUGCAAAGUCAAAGCUCCACUCCAGGGCAUGCCUAACAAAACCUCCAAAAUCAGCUAGUUCUGAGGGUCCAAGGGUCCCAGAUGCAGUCACUGUUAAUGACAUUUCUCAGCCAAGGGUCCUGUGGGGCACUUUUGUCAUAUCAAAGAGUUUGCACCUUGUUACAGCUGUGAUAAAAGUGUUCUGGCUUGAGGAAGGAUUAACCACACAAACCAUAUACACACAGAGGUGUGAGGAGCUCCUGCCCAUUCCAGUGAAACCUGCUUCAAAGGGUUAUCAGAACUGACACAGAAAUUAUUUAGCUGGCAACUCUCUUAGUACCAUACCAACAUAUUUACUCAAAAAGGCAAAACCACCUCCUAAGUCUUCCCAUCUGCUGAGAACUCUGGCUGCCCCCAGCCCAGCUGCCAAACUGUUCUGCCUUCCUCUAACAAUCCAUCAAAUCUUCCAUGCAUUUUAAAAAAUGAAAUAUGGCAACACACUAAAAUUCACGGAGCAGCAUAACUUUAAUUGAAGACACCUCUGAAUAAGGACUGGAUUGGGUUGGAUUUGCAGAAGGAACAGGAGAUAGAAGCUUUGCAAAACACAGCCACAAGGCUAUGCUGGGGUUUAGGUAGCAGCACUGGUGCUGAGCCAUGGAAAGACACACUGAUUCUGCCUGAGAAAUCUGAACACAGACUUUAAACACUCCCCUGCCAGGUUUGAGUACAAACUGACCUAUCCAGAAGAUCAUCCUUGUAACACCUAUUUGGGCAUUUCCAUCCAUAGUUUCAAAACUGUUUGAAUGUAACCUUAUGUCUGAGCCUUUAAUGGUAAUUGUUUUCUCACCUGCCUUUUCCAACCCUCAUUGGACAUGGUGCCAGUUUGACUGGUACUUCUGUCCAGUGUUGCUG